AUGGCAGGUGAUCCCUUGGUUGCCUUGAUCACUUCGUACCACGAACUCAACCCGUCUCUGCUGGACGAACUGGAGGACCUGCCGACUGCGCUCGAAUUUUCGACAUACACCGCGAAGAACAGGCCUUUCGUCGUACGAGGCGGUGCCAGGAAUUGGAGUGCGGUCCAGCGUUGGGAUGCCGCGUAUCUGGCGACGGUGCUCAAGGACAAGGAUGUGAAAGUAGCGGUGACACCACAUGGGAAUGCAGAUGCCGUGGUCGAGGAUGAGAGCGGCCGACUCCUUUUCGUGGAGCCUCAUGAGAUUCAUGAGUCUUUCAGCCAGCUCUUGAGAUAUGUUCAAGAGGAUUCGAAACAGUCCAAGGGACUGGUCAAGUAUGCACAGCCUCAGAAUGACAGUCUCAGACUUGAGUAUCCUGAGCUCUUCCCGGAUGUGCCAAAGACGAUGCCGUUCGCCAGCGAGGCAUUGAAUCAAGAACCAGAUGCAAUCAACUUCUGGUUGGGAAACGAUCGAUCCACUACAUCUCUCCACAAGGACAACUACGAAAACAUCUAUGCCCAGAUACGAGGACAGAAACACUUCGUCCUGCUUCCACCAGUAGAAAUUCCUUGCGUCAACGAGACGCCACUUCAGUUCGCACGAUACCAUCCAUCUCUGGAACAUGAGCACAAGCUCGAGCCUGGUCUCGAUACCGAUACCGAGCUGAUCCCGGUACCCUUAUGGGAUCCUGAUGAGCCAGAUACCAGGUCUACAGUCUACUCGAAGCACUCGAAGUCGUUGAGAGUCACUCUCUAUGAAGGCGACAUCAUGUAUCUGCCUGCUAUGUGGUACCACAAAGUUAAGCAGGGGAACGGACCUGAAGGCUUCUCGUGCUCGGUCAACUACUGGUAUGACAUGGAGUUUGGCGGUAGCUUCUGGACUAGCACUGCCUUCAUUCGAGAUGUGUAUAAUGCUCGGACGAAGGAAGUGAACUAUCCGGAGCUGAAAAUCGAGAACGAUGAAGACGCGCGCACUGGCUGA